CCUGUGUUCCCAAGAGGUAUUGUGUCAGUUGAUGGCAACCAUGUGAUUAGCAUUGGAGCAAAAGCAAUUGGCUGAACCUAGCAGUUGUGUAGAGCACAGCGAGCUUCCUCUCCCUGCCUUUAUCAGCAUCGUUCUGUGAACCUGCCGCUGACAGCAAUUGUGGCAUCCAUGGCCUAUACACGCACCAUUUCAGUUCUGUUUUGGCAUUUGCAAUAGCUAGGACUUGAUGCUGAUCUUCAUUCAUUCCUGUUGAAUUCAUAUGUGAUAACUGGCUCCUGCUUUCCUGUGUCUUUCAGGACCUUUGGAGAUUGAGGAAUGCAAUUCUGCCACCAUGAUGGAAGAAAGGAUAUGGAAGCUUUGAAGAAGGUGCAGAGGAGGUUCACCAGGAUGUUGCCUGGAUUAGAGGAACCAAUCUGGAGAAUCUUUUUUUGCACCCUCUCAAAAGCAAGCACGUUCUCCCGAUUGAAAAAACGUACAAGGAAAGCUUUUGGUAUACGGAAGAAAGAAAAAGACACUGAUUCAACGGGUUCACCAGACAGAGAUGGAAAUAAGAAAACUAAUGGUGCUCCAAAUGGAUUUUAUGCAGAAAUCGACUGGGAGCGAUAUAAUUCCCCAGAAGUUGAUGAUGAAGGAUACAGUAUCAGGCCAGAUGACAAAUCAGGUUCUACCAAAGAGAAACACUUUUACUCAUCAAGUGAGUCUGAGUCAGAAGAAGACACACGCCGAAAAUUUAACAUUAAAAUUCGGCCUCUCCAGACUAAGGAUACCAUUACAUGUAUGGCAGCAUCAGUGGAUGAGCUAAAGGCCUCCGUGGGCAACAUUUCUCUGUCUCCUUCACCAAUGAGGAGAAGUCCGAGGCGCAGUCCAGCAAUUAUCAAAAGGAAUUUAUCUUGUGAAGAAAUAGCUCGCCCAAGACGGUCAACACCUACAUCCGAAGUUGUCAGUAAGAAGGGGCCAGAGGAUACAACGUCUCUGAUCCCUCUCUUUGGCCCACCGCUGGAGUCAGCAUUUGAAGGCAUAAAAUCAGAAGCUGCAAUUGAUCAGCCUGAGAUCUGGGGGCCAUUUCAAGCCAGUGAUUCCAAAAGACAAUCGCCUUUGCCAUCACGACCAUUUCCUACAGGAGUUCCUCCUCCUCUGCCUCCGAAAAAUGUUCCAGCCACACCACCUCGCACAGGAUCACCCUCAGCUGAGGGUUCAGACCACAUUGGUCUGAAAGGCAUCAAGUCAGACCUUGAUUCAGCAACGCAGCAACCUUUACCGAACUCAUCCUAUGGGACUGUAGGGAAUGACCAGGGUGAAGCAGAGCCCCAGCCUGACAAACUGUUGUCUAUCAGUGACCUGGAUGAUAUUUUUGGCCCAGUUGUGUCUCCCAGAUCCGGAGUCGUCCUGUCGAAGAACAAGUGGAUCGAUUUUUCUGAUCGACCUUCCAGAGACGAUGUUUCAGCUGCAGCUCUGAGUGAAAAGAGGCCCAUCUCGGCCCUGCAGCCAGAGGACCUUCAGAGCAACCUACAGUCCACUGAUGCCCCUCCAAGUAUUUCUGUGCCUCUCGACCAUAAUGGGAGUGAGAAAAAGAAUUCUGAGCAGGCAUUGGUCAAGAGUGAAAAGAGCGAGUCGUCCUCCUCCCUGAAAGAGCUCGCUAUGGGGCAAAAGAACACGCCCCCUCCCCCUCCUCCUCCUACCUACAGGACAGUGGUAUCUUCUCCAGGACCCAAUUCAGGCAGUGGAGUAUCCAGUAGCAGUGGUUCUUCAUCUCCUGCCCGUCCAGCAACGCCAUCGGGCAUAACCAGUAACACUCCUCCUCCUCCACCACCUCGCCCACCAUCACGACCUAAACUGCCUCCUGGAAAGCCUGGAGUAACUGAUAUGUCCAGGUCUUUCAGCCCUCCAAUUCAUUCCUCUAGUCCUCCACCAGUUGCACCUUUAGCUCGAGCAGAAAGCACUUCCUCCAUAUCUUCAACUAACUCAUUGAGUGCUGCCACCACCCCUACAGUCGAGAAUGAUCAACCCUCCUUGGUAUGGUUUGAUAGAGGAAAGUUUUAUUUGACUUUUGAUGGUGCUUCCCGAGGGCCCAGUCCCUUGACCAUGGGUGCACAGGAUACACUCCCAGUUGCUGCAGCCUUUACAGAAACUGUCAAUGCUUACUUCAAAGGAGCAGAUCCAAGCAAGUGUAUUGUGAAGAUCACAGGAGAAAUGGUUCUAUCGUUUCCAGCUGGUAUCACAAGGCACUUUGCCAAUAACCAGUGCCCUGCAGUUCUCACAUUCUGUAUAACAAACUGCAGCAGAUUGGAGCAUAUCCUGCCGAACCCUCAGCUUCUCUGCAGUAACACUUCUCAAGCUGAUGCCAAAACAAGAGAAUUUUGGGUAAACAUGCCGAAUCUAAUGACUCAUUUAAAAAAGGUGGCGGAGCAGAAACCACAGGCUACUUAUUACAAUGUGGAUAUGCUAAAGUAUCAGGUGUCUUCCCAGGGCAUUCAGUCCACACCAUUGAACCUAGCAGUGAGCUGGCGCUGUGAACCUACCUGCACUGAUCUUCGAAUAGAUUACAAGUAUAAUGCAGAGGCAAUGGUUACACCUGUAGCUCUCAACAAUGUCCAGUUCCUCAUUCCUGUGGAUGGCGCAGUUGCAAAAGUACAGGCAGUGCUUCCACCUGCUGCAUGGAAUGCCGAACAACAUAGAAUACUCUGGAAGAUACCAGAUUUAUCCCAGAAAUCUGAAAAUGGAGGUGUUGGAUCUCUCUUGGCCAGGUUUCAGCUGUCUGAGGGCCCAAGUAAGCCUGCAACAUUGGCUGUGCAGUUCACUAGCGAAGGGAGCACACUGUCUGGUGCCGAUAUUGAAUUGGUUGGAGCAGGAUACAGGUUUUCACUUAUCAAAAAGAGAUUUGCAGCAGGGAAAUACAUGGCUGACAACUGAAUUCUCGCACCUCUGCCCAGUGUUUGAUGCUACUCACCGGACAGCUUUUUAAACUCAAUUAGGAGUCACUAAGGACUGAACCCAUGAAACAAACUUUUACUCUCUGAUUUCAAACUUCUGUUCCAUAUGGCCAGAACAUUUCCAACAACGACUCGAAGUUGGAGUAACACCAGAAAGCGCAGAACAGUCCUGCAGUAUUAUUAUAUGAUUGAUGUGACAUUGGUAACAUUUCGUAUUUUACAGUGUAACAAAUGUAUUUGUAAUUUGGUAAUUGCCUCCCCAUACACUCUUAACUCCAAAUGUCUGUAUUCCAGCUGUUAUAGGCAUUUCAGAGACAUCAUUAUUAACCUGUAGGCUAUGCCUCUUUGAACAUGUAGCAUUGCAUUUCAGUAGAAUUGUCCAAGAAAAUAUACUGCAUUCUCCAAAUUUUUAGCCCCUGAACCUACCAGUAUUGAUGCCAAUUGUUUAAGUUUUAUAUUAAAAAAAAUUUGAUGUUGGAAACCUGUCCAUCUUGAUAACUCCCAGAUAAUGAUUGAGAAUAAUUUUGCCAAGCAAUGCUAUGUUUCAGAGGAAAAGAGGGGCAGAGAGAGGGGAGGUGUGCAAUAAUACUGGAUAAAUAUUUUGUAUCCUCAGACAGAAAGUCAGGCCUGUUAACUUUGCAGAGAGGAAAAUCCAAUAAUACCGGAUUUUAUAUCAUAAAAUGUAAAAGGGGUCAGUCAAAGCUGACAUUUCAGAUCGGACCCUUAGGAUGGGUUCUAAAAUAAUAUCUUUCAGCUGCAGAUUAACUUAUUGUGCAGUUCCAAUGUUAACUUUCCAGUCUGGAAUGUUAUGUCAUUUUAAUGUCAGUGCGAAAAGGUACAACAUUCUAAUGUGAAUUCUAGUUCCGGCAGCUUCUUAAAACAAAAAAUUUGCUUUGGUGAUGUGGUGGCAACUUUUACAAAAUAAAAGCAAAAUGAUUUCAAUAUAGAAAAUACGUUGUGAAAAAAUAGACACAUUAUCCACCUUGGAUUUUCUUUUUAUCUGUCAUGUGCACCCAGAAGUGUUUGCUCAAUUAAUCAUAAAACAGAUUUGCAUUUACACAUUUGCCAAAAAUGCAUUGUUUUAAAGUUCAAGUCCUGUCUUGUUACAAAGAGGAUGUGGACCACAUGAAAUUGCUUUGAAUGUGUAAAUUAAUAUUUCCUCCCCAAACUCUUGUCCCAGCCAAAGAAGAUUUGCAUAACUAAAAUUUAGUACCUGGUGGCAUCUGAAUCUAAGCUGGAGUACCAUAUAACGUGUCUGGAUAAUUAUGAAGACAAUCAUUUUGCAUGUACUCCACUAAACAUAUCUCCAUUUCAGUCACUGAAUGACUCUAAAGAAAUAUUAAUCAAAAUGAAAUAUUUUGAAAUACAGGGUCAUUACAAAGUUCACCACACAAAGUUAGUGGUGAUCCUUUAAGUAGCUUAUAUUUUUAGUGAGUUGGGAACCGCACUUUGGUCGCAACUUGUGAAUGUGAGCAAAACAUUCAUCCUGCUGUCAAGGGCAGCGAGAUAUGUUGCAAGAUGUGACUCAGAUAUCUGGUUUUGACCCAAGUCUCAGAUGGUAACCACACCUCAGGUGGCGGCUUAAAUACAAAUGGCAACAUCUUAGAAGCUAGUUAAUGUAUGGUCGCUGGCAGACAGAAUGGCAGAGGUGUUACAGCCUCCCUGAAAAGGCAAAUGAAACAAAAUGAAACAAACAAUGGUGACCUGUGCAGACUACCUGCUGCAGCAUCAAAUACCAGUCAGCAUUUCCAGCAUUGGAAGAGUUGCAGCUGUGUGUGCCUUCACACUUGAAGUCAACCCACCUGCUGAAGAAAGUACAAUCUAAAGUGUUGCUGCUACACUUGGGACUGAGAGCUGGUUUUAAAGGAAACAUUUUAUUCUGAUGUGGAGUUGCACUUCUCCCUUAAAAUGUUCCCUCAGCACUGAUAAAGAAAGAACUGUAACACCUUUGGAAGUCUGUUCCUUAUUACACCAUACACAUACUUCAAUUUAUUUUGGGUAUGAAAGAGAAAGUGAUUGUUCUUUGUAUUUUUUGGACCAUUGGAGCACUAUUCUGCACAGUUGUUGUGCAUUGUGAAUGUACUUCUAGGGAUUUGAGAAAAAUAAUCAGACCUGACCAUUUCUGGCUGUCUUUUGCCUUAUAGAUUUGAAUAGGCCUGUAGUACGUCAAUAUUCUCCUGGGUAAAGGCAAUGCCUGCUAUAAAAGCAUGUAGUGCAAAUUAGAAGUUUUGAUUCUUGGUCUGCAUCAGUUAAUCUCAGCUGGACAAAAGUUGAAGUGCUACCAUUAGCCCUCAUGUCCCCUGGACUAGGCAGGGAAACAUUGGCUAAGGACCUCAUUCCUGAUUACUAUGCAGUGGCACCUAAUGGAAAGAGCACAUCUGUGGAUAUUGAUUAGAUCAGGGUCAUGCUCACUGAAUGAUUCUGGUUCUGAUGAAAAAUCAUCGACCUGAAUCAUUAAUUCUGUUUCUCUCUCUGCAGAUGCUGCCUGACCUGCUGAAUAUUUCCAACAUUUUAACUGUUUUUAUCUCACGCUCACUGCCAUACCUUUCACGGUUUGAUAGCUUGUCAACAUUGAUUGUCAGGUCACCCACUAUGAAGCACACACACUGAAUGGCUACUAGGGUGAGGUACCUUUGGGCCUGUGAAACCAUAUCCCAGCAUGAGUCAACACCUUCGGAAGAGAGGGAGAAAACUGAAACAAAAAUAAGAGAUAGCUCCAUUGAUGUUGCGUGCUAUUUUGUAAAUACUGACUUUUUUAAUAUAAAUAUAUAUACAAAUAUAUAUGUCAUUUCCUCAGUGGCUGUUUUCCCUGUUGGUUCAUUGCACAUAAUUAUGAAUAUGCAAUUAUGUUUUAAUGUAUUAUGUAUUAAAGAAGUGGUCUGGCCAUUUAUAAAUUAAAAAAUUAAAUUCUAUACAGUAUGGAAAUUGUACUGUAAUAACUGUUUAAAAUG